AUGGAGAAAAUUGGUCAUCGUUAUGUGAUACAAUACUUUUAUUUGAAAGGCCUCAGCCCAUCCAAUAUAAAAGCUGAAAUAGAUUCUACUUUGGGCGGGUCUGCCCCUUCGUUUACAACAAUAAAAUAUUGGGUAGCAGAGUUUAAACGAGGCCGUACGAGCUGCCAAGAAGAGCAUCGCAGGGGUCAACCAAAUGAGGUAACGACUCCAGAAAUGGUGAAGAAAAUCCAGAAAGCGGUAAUGGAUGAUCGUCGACUGAAAGUGUGCGAGCUAGCAGAUAUAGUAGGCAUUUCAAAAAGUACGGUACAUCGCAUACUAUCUGAAGAUUUGGAUAUGAGAAAGCUGUGUCCAAGAUGGGCGCCGCAUUUGCUCGACCAAAAACAGUGUCGCGAAGAGGUUUCAAUUGAAGAGGUGCCAAUUUUACUUUGCAAACCGUUUUUGCGUUUCAACGCUAUUUUGGCUAACGCAAAAGUUCUUAUCAGGCGCCGCGAAGCGUAUGACCGCGAUGCUUGA